AAUGAAUUUGAAUCUGUGAUCUCCUAUAAAACAGUGACUACGUGCCUACCUUGCCCUAGUUAGAAGCUGGUUAGAAAGGGUUGAUAGGACUGCAAGCAAGAUGAAAUUUUUGGCUGUCCUGCUUUUAUGCGUUGCCUCCAUUUGGGCUAAGCAAACUCCUGCUUUGAUGAAACCAAGCACAGGAGUGGGUAUUAUUGGUGGAAAAACCGCAAAUGCCGGUCAAUUCCCCUUCAUGGCGGCUAUCACCGUCCAGACAGGCACUAGCACAUUUUUCUGUGGAGGCGCCUUGAUCAGCAAUGAGUGGAUUCUGACUUCGGCUCAUUGUGUCUACAACGCUAUCACCCUCACUAUCCGUUUGGGGUCAAUCAAACUGACCGGAAGUGAUCCCAACCGGGUGACUUUAGCCACAUCCCACGUGGUGCCACAUCCUGAAUUCGAUGAAACCACUUCCAAAAACGAUAUCGGGCUUGUUAAACUUCGUUUGCCGGUCGAACUCACUGACUACAUCCAACCCAUCGCUCUACCAAGCGGUAAACUGUCCAAUUCUGCAAACCCUACAGCCCUUGGUUGGGGACAGACCAGUGAUGAGGAUUCUGAAUUGGCCCCAGAACUUCAAUUUGUAAAUCUUGCUGUGAUUUCAAACCAGGAAUGUAAAAUGAUUUUCGGAAAUCAAAUCACCGACGAAAUGGUUUGUGUUGAUGGAAAUUAUAACGAGGGCACAUGUCUUGGAGAUACUGGUAGUCCUUUGGUCGUUCGAUUGAUUGGAGGAAAGGAUUUGCAACAUCACGGAAUUGCCAGCUUCUACAGCGGAAACGGAUGUGAAAGCACGGAUCCUUCUGGAUUUACGAGGACUUACGCUUACAUCGAUUGGAUCAGAAAUGUAACAGAGAUCAAGUAAAUUAUUUUGACCAAUAAAAAGUAAAACAGA